AUGAAGGGCUUUGAUAAACUUACUAUCAAACAUGAGAUUAAAGGUCAAUCAUCAGCAACUAGAAAUUCUGGUGGCAACGGACUUGGCCUUGCAAUUUGUAAGAGGUUUGUAAAUCUUAUGGAGGGACAUAUCUGGCUUGAAAGUGACGGCCUUGCCAAGGGAUGUACUGCCACUUUCAUUGUAAAACUUGGAAUUCCAGAGCGAUCAAAUGAAUCUAAGCUUCCCUUCACACCCAAAGUACCAGCAAAUCAUGGUCAGACAAAUUUUUCAGGGCUGAAAGUUCUUGUCAUGGAUGAUAACGGGGUUAGCAGGAUGGUGACAAAGGGGCUACUUGAGCACUUGGGAUGUGAUGUGUCAACUGUAAGCUCAAGCGAGGAGUGCUUGCAUGUUGUUUCUCAUGAACACCAGGUGGUGUUCUUGGAUGUGUGCAUGCCUGGUAUAGAUGGUUUUGAGCUUGCUGUCACUAUACGUGAAAAAUUCGCAAGACGUCAUGAAAAGCCACUUAUAGUAGCACUUACUGGAAACACAGACAAGGUUACCAAGGAGAACUGUAUGAGGGUUGGUAUAAAUGGAGUAAUACAGAAACCCAUUUCAGUUGAUAAAAUGAGGAGCAUUUUAUCAGAACUUUUGGAGCACCGAGUUCUAUACGAGGCCCUAUAAGCAGCAGAAAUAUGCAGCACCAUUUGAGUGGUUUCAGUCUUGUGUAUAUACCACGUGUAUUGGAAACUUACAUUAAAAAUGAAGCAAUGAUGCAAAUAACAUGACAUUCUAUAAACGGUUUUAUGUAUUCCUUCUGUGCAAUUUGCUAAAAAACGUUGGCAAGAAAGAAUGAUGACGGCUUGCUGCCAUUUUUUUUUGUAAACGAGUUGGUUCUUAUUCGAAUCAAAAAGGAAAUUGUCAUUUGGUAACUUUUACAAUGAA